AUGGCCCAAACGACGCCGAACCACACCCAGACGGUCGCCGGCUGGGCAGCUCGCGAUUCCGCCGGCGAGAUAGCUCCUUACACUUUCAAACGCCGGGAGAAUGGUGAUACCGAUGUAACGAUAGAGAUAUUGUACUGCGGAAUAUGUCAUACAGAUCUCCAUCAAGUGAAGGAUGAUUGGGGCAUGACCAUGUAUCCUAUUGUUCCCGGGCAUGAGAUUACAGGGAUAAUUACCAAGGUGGGUAAAAAAGUGGAGAAUUUCAAGGUUGGAGACCGAGCAGGAAUCGGUUGCCUGGCUGCUUCAUGCCUGGAAUGUGACUUUUGCAAGAGCUCCCAAGAAAAUUACUGCGACCAGCUUCAGUUCACUUAUAAUGGCAUUUUCUGGGACGGCAGCAUUACUUAUGGCGGUUACUCCAAAAUGAUCGUCGCUGACUACAGGUACGUAGUGCAUGUGCCGGAGAGCCUUCCAAUGGACGCUGCAGCUCCAUUGUUGUGUGCGGGAGUCACUGUGUUCACACCUUUAAAGAACCAUAACUUGAUUGAAUCCCCAAAAAAGAAUAUAGGCGUUGUUGGAUUGGGUGGCCUAGGGCAUGUAGCCGUAAAAUUUGGGAAGGCGUUCGGCCACCACGUUACUGUCAUUAGCACCUCUCCUUCCAAAGAGAAGGAGGCCAGAGACCGAUUAGGUGCUGAUGACUUCAUUGUUAGCUCCAAUCCCAAACAAAUGGAGAUGGGAAAGCGUACACUCGACUUUAUACUCGAUACGGUGUCAGCUGAUCAUUCUCUUGGACCAAUCUUGGAGUUACUGAAAGUCAAUGGGACGUUGGUGAUUGUUGGAGCUUCAAGCAAGCCCCUUGAACUCCCAUCUUUUCCUCUGAUAUUUGGUAAAAGAACGGUGAAAGGUGGGAUAAUCGGAGGAAUGAAGGAGACGCAAGAGAUGAUGGAUUUGUGUGGAAAACACAACAUAACUUGUGAUAUUGAAGUUGUGAAGCCGGACGAUAUCAAUGAAGCACUCGGUCGUCUAGCCAGAAACGAUGUGAAGUAUCGAUUUGUAAUCGAUAUUGGUGGUAACUCGUCCAGUUUGUAA